AUGGCUGACCCUGAAGUGUCAACCAUUGCAACUAAGGCCCCUGAGAGCGAUGCUGCAGAGGAUGUCCAAAAGGACACCCCGCCAAGUUUGGUCGCUGGGGAUACUCCAGCCCAAACUGGCGCAAGCCUUGGAGAGCACUGUGUGACUGAUAGACCAACCCCUUCUGGCCUAGGUUCCUCUGGGGAAAUUACAUCGUUAGGAGGAAUCGACACAUACAUUUCAAAACCCGCCGAUUAUCCGCAUGCUCCCUCAAAGCUUCUACUGCUCUUGACUGCUGCAACGGGCCUUCACUCGGUGAACAACCAGAUACAAGCAGACAACUAUGCGAAAGAGGGCUUUUUGGUUGUGAUGCCGGACAUGUUUGCUGGUGACCCCUUACCAGGCUCAGCAACGUACACCGAAGAGAAAGACCCCUCGAUCAUUGAGCAAGUAAAGAUGCGUGCAGCGGAGACGGCAAAGAGUUUCCUGAUUGAUCUUUGGUUGGCCAGAAAUACACCACAGAAGGCUCUUCCAAUUGUCCAUAAGGUUCUUGAAGCCGCCAAAGACGAGUACGCAGAUGCUGUGGCAAAUGGCGGGGGCGUGUACUCGGUCGGCUAUUGUUUUGGCGGAAGUAUUACAUUGCUUUUAGCCGGGGAGAAACCAGACACGGCGGCUUGGGGUCAGCAGCAGCCUACAGACGAAGAAGCCGGCGUGGUCAAGAAGGGCCCCUUCAUUAAGGCAGGAGCGAUUGCCCAUCCCACCUCAAUCACUAGAGAGGAUUUCGAAGGAACAAAGGCCCCAUUGGUAUUCAUUUGCAUAGAAAACGACCAACUGUUCUCCGAUGAGAUUCGGGAAUAUGGUGAGAAGUACCUGAAGGAGAACAAUGUCGAGUCUGAGUUUCGGACUUACUCAGGUGUGCCUCACGGAUUUGCCGUUACAGGGGACUAUCCAGACGAUGCUUCAAUCCAGCCAAGACAGACCGAGGCAUUCGGUCAGAUGUUGGCCUGGUUGAAGUCGCAUUAA